AUGACUUUUAUUCAUGACAACACAACUGUGCUAAUAUUCAACGAUCCGAUACAUGGAACCAUUCUGGUUCAUCCGCUGUGUGUUAAAAUCAUAAAUACAUCUCAGUUUCAACGUCUACGUCAAAUCAAACAGCUCGGCUGUUGCUACUUCAUUUACCCAGGAGCUUCACAUAACCGAUUUGAACAUUCUAUUGGAGUCUCGCAUCUUGCUGGUAGGUUUGCAAGAACCUUAAAAGAGAGACAGCCGGAGCUGGGUAUUACUGACACAGACAUACUGUGCGUUGAGAUUGCAGGACUGUGCCAUGACUUAGGUCAUGGUCCGUUUUCUCAUUUGUUCGAUGGAAGAUUUAUACCUAAAACAAAUCCAAAAGCUAAUUGGAAAAAGCAACUGCAACAGCAGGAGCUGAUAAGGCAGAUGAUUAAUAGACAGGAUCAGCAACGUCAGGAAGAAAUGGAGAGGCGCAAGGAAGAAAUGGAGAGGCACAAGGAAGAAAUAGAGGCACAGCGAAGAAAUGGAAAGACAAGAACGAUUACGCCAGGAAGAAAUGGGAAGACAAGAGCCCUUACACACGCUAGAAAUGGACAAGCAAAUGGCUUUAGUAACCACGCUGAUUGA